AAGACCAGAACUCCGUUCGACCGCUACCAUUUGAGUGCUGGCUGCCCCACGUGCUUUUCACCGGUAAACCGCCAAACAGCCGUCGAAACUUGUAUGCCCUCCAUUCAAUCAUCUCGUCCGCUGAUAAUGUAUUAAAACUUCGAUUCGCUGAUCACAGGAGAUUAAAAUGGAUUCCAAAGCACGUUCCCUUCUGUUGGCGUGUUGUCUACUCUUUGCGGCGAAUGGAGCGCACUCGCAGGGCCCCGUCUUCGUGAAUCCCAACGACGCCGCGGCGACGCUGUCGAGCCAGACGGCGUCUCCAGGCGACCAGGGAAAUUACGUCACUCAAACAGUCUAUGGCUUCCUGGAUUUCACCACGACAAUUGGUAACACUGUCAUGGUUUUCUCCCCCCAGAGCGCCGCGCCAGUAGAAAACAAACCGGCAUCGAACGAGAUCUCUCCAAACAACGCGAUAGAAACGAAACCGCUCACAACGAAGAAAGACCAACCGAUCAAACCGACCAAAACCGAGUCGAAUAAAAUCGACAAAUCUUCGGAGAAAAAAGCCUCGUCGAUCGUCCAACUGAAAUCCGAUCCUCCGCGAGCCAUUUCCUCAAUUUCGAUCAAAUCGACGACAAUCCAGCAAUCAUCGGCGCCCAUCAUCGUGAGCAGCAUCGUCGAGAUCGUCGAAGGGACGACGUCCAGCGUCUCUUCCAUCAUUAGCGCGUCCACAAAGCUAGCAGAACCUCCGAUAAUCACGUCCAACAAAGCGCCGGACUCCAACAUCGUCACCAUCAUCAAGUCCGAUAACGAACCGGCUCCCGUACUCGCCAAUAACAUCGGUGAACCGGAAUACGAUUUUCUAUCGCGCCAGCCAUCCGAGGUGGUAGAGGAGACCUACAAGGUGGUGAAUCUGAAGCCGAGUUCGAAGUUCCUGCUGAAGCACCGGUCGGCGACGGAGGCGAAGAAGAACGGGCUAGCCACCAAGAGGGGUGGUGAUGCCCAUCCGACCGGUUUGGUGACCAAAUUGGGCGGUACCGUGGUGAAGGACGGCACCACCACCGUCAUCGAGACCAGCGUGAUAGGCACUUACAUAUCCGGCAAAUACGCCCAAGUCCUUCAAAGCACGUCGAGAAAAAUCCAGCCGACACAAAGCCUGCGUAUAUUAAAAACCGCCGCUCCCUCGUUAGGCAAAGGAAAUAAACAGAGGCACGUCGAGGCGACCCCGCUGGGCGAAACUAACGAAGAGCCGGUCGCGCUAUCGGCCGAUGCGGCUCAGAACUCCAUAAAAUCCGCGCGGAAGCCCUCCGGCCCGGCGGGUAGCGCUUACAAAAGGUUCAAAAACAGGCACAAAGAAUCGGAUGUCGCCGUUGCCGCAGAGGAAGACAACGAGCCGACGCCCAAUUAUAAGAAAUCUCAGAAGAAUAGGAGUCAAUCGCUGCCGGCUAGGAACUCCAAACACCACACAACCACACAAAGACCGAAACAGCAAAAAUUCGGCGGCGGUAGAAACCGAAAACAAACUACACCGAAACCGUCUGUACACAGCGAAGAACCACCGACCAGCCCGUCGGGAAAACGUUACUCUUCCAGAAGAACCAGCAAAAGCUCCAAAUCGCCCAGCGAAUCAUCCACCUCGUCCAGUUUCACCAGAAGAGGCUACAAACCUAAAGUGCAACCCUCCGCCGUCGACUCCACCAGCAGCUCGUCCAGCUUGUACAAGUUCAAACUAAACAGAUCUCCGGGCAGAUGGCAGUACAAAACCACUUCGAGGCCCCGGGUAACUAUCCGAAAGCAAAACAGCGACGCGGCGGCGAACAAUAACGAAGUCCCGUCCUCGCCGAUGCCGCCCCCGGCCCCGCAGGAGGGCCCGCAAUCCCCGAUCAACGACGUCGUUACGUCCCAGGCCCGAUCCGACGACGUCGACAGUCUAGAAGGUUCCGAAUCAAUUGCUUCAAUUAUUGACGACGGUAGCGCGACGGGGAAUAAGCUGGACGCGAAUCCCGAUCCAGAUGAGGAGCGGGAGGCGGCUCUGCCAGCCUUUCCAGUCGAGACGAUUAAGGUCGAAAUUUCGGCGCCGUCCGAUUUCGGGGAUAUUUACUACGAGAUUGCCACCAUUAAGUCGCCAUAUACUUUCCAGGUGGGUAGCGUGAAAAACACCAGGUACGUCACGGUGACUUCGACCUUCGAAAAAAGCCUUGAACACACCGCCGAUCCGAUGAUCAAGGCCACCGAACCGCUCACCGAGAACAUCCUGGCGACGUCCAGCAACUACGCCAAAGACAACAAUUUCCUCGAUUCCAGCGUCGCGACGCUGCCUCCAUUAUACCUCGCCUCCGAUAUGGUAACCCCGCCGCUCGAAACCUUCACGGAGACCUUCAACACCACCCAAACCAUGCUCAAAACUCACAUACUGCCGGUGGUUCGGAACGGCAACGACACCAGCAGCUCCACGCUGGUGCAAACCUAUCUGAUAACCAGAUUGGUGACUGCGACCAAAACCCUUCCGCCGAUGGAGGCUUAUCAUUUCAUUCCGAGUAAAACGUUGAACGAGUUCAACAGCCAUUUGGACGAGGCCGGUUCGGAAUUGCAUUUGGAACUCGAAUUCGGCGAUCAAAACGAUCAGGAAGAGCCGGUGAGGAAGGUGACUCUGCCGGCCGAUUUGGAUCUGGCCAACAUCGGCUCCAAAUUCGACAUAUCGGACGUGGAUAAAACGAAAAUAGAAGGUCAUUUGAAGUCGAAGAAACCCGCCAAGCCCGUCUCGAACGAUUUGAACCACCAACAAUUGCAGCAGCCGGUGAGCCCCGAGCAAUUGCAACAGCUGGCCCUCUACAGAUUUUUGAAUCCCAACGCCGCCCAACCGCAGGUCAUCACGACGUCGAAACCCGUCAUACGAAUCGAAACUUUGUACGAAACGUUCAUUUUACCGGUCACUCAAGGCCACAACACCAUCCAAAGCACCAUUUCGAAAUUGAAGGGCACCAUCACCAAAACCGACUACGAAUUCGGCACCAGCACCAUCGGCCCGUCGUUCCCUCAACUGAAUCCGCUCCAGCACCAGUUGCCUCAGUUGCCUCUUCAGCCGCAAUUGCCCCAGUUGAACCCGUUCCUGCCCCAGCCUCAACAACAAUUCGCCGUGACCUCGUCGCCCGUCGUUCAAACCACUUCUGUUACCCAAACCAACAGUAAGGUUUUGAAGUUGACUUUCGGGGCUAAAACUGCUCACACGACGAUCUACUCCACGACUGUUGUACCUACGGUGACGACUUCUUAUGUUACGGCUUCCGUUCCGGUGCCCGGAGCGGGAGGUUAUCCCGGAUUUUAUCCGGCUCCGUUUCCAGGGUAUCCGUUCGUCGGUUAGGAUGUAGUCGAAUUUAGGAAAAUUUGUUACCAAUUUGAAUGUUUUUGGCUAGUCUUCACCAGGUGUGGUCUAUUUUUUUUUGUGGAAUUUUAUUUACUAUAUCUUCUAUUGAAGAACAUUUUUUUUGAAUUACGUAAGAUAAUUGGUUGGUGUAAGUAUUUGUGGUGCUGCAAAUUACCUACAAAAAACUUCUACUUUUAAUUAGAUUAAGAUAGGUUUAAUUCAUGGUGCAAAUUACAAAUUAAAUUUAUCCACCGUUUUCUAUUCCGUUAAUUUAAGUUUGUUAGUUUUAUUUGUGAAACGGUAAUAUAUAUUUUUAACGUUCGUUUCGGUUAGAACGGCAUUGACCAGAUACGAAUAAUCCGGACUGUUCCGGGGAAAAACGCGCCGGAAAAAUCGUAAAUUUUGAACAGUCCAGUGGCUGUUAAUGGGCAAUGUAAGCGUUCGAAUCGAACUGACUAUACACUGUAUCAUUAUUUGUACAUACAUACUAUAAGCAUUAUUAUCAAUUGGUAAAAUAUUCUUGAAAUCAAAAAUUAAUUGCUUCUGUAAAUUAAUUAGUUAAGAAUCUGUAUAGUUAGGGAAUAGAAUUGUACUGAUAUUAGCGUGUAAUUUAUUGAUAUUAA